UUUGAGCAUGUUAACGACAGAAGAAGAAGACAAGCCAGAUUUCCAGACCCCUGGAGUGGUCAAUAACCCAGUAGGAUGGGGCCCUAUCUCUAUACCCGAGCAGUUCAGGGACAUCCCCUAUCAGCCUUUCAGCAAGAGUGACAACUUGGGCCAGAUCACAGACUGGACAGGCAACUUGCUAGAGAGAAGGUACAGGAACUACAACCAGCAGUUUGGUACUGGACAACAUUACAGCUACUUCCACGAGGAAGAUGAGAGCUCAUUCCAGUUGGUAGACUCUUCUAAGCCACAGCGCAGUCUGUAUCAGCGCUCUCGCGCUAGGUACCAGCGCACACGCCACCAGCGUCCAACACAGCGUGUACAGGACCCGAAAACCGGAAGAAUGACUGUGAUUCCUAAGUACAACAAUCCGAUGAGGAGAAAUAACUGGAACAACCGUGGUCACGACAACAAGAGUAAUGUCAAACUGAAGUCCUCCGUGGAGGUGAGGAAGGACUGGGAACUCCAAAUUGAGAUAGAGUUCUCGCAGAUAGCUAAGAAGUAUCUGAACUACCCAGAGAAGGACAUCACUAAUCUGGUGGAGUGUGGAACAUUGGAGCACUAUGACAAAAAAUACGACCGUAUUACAACUAAAGCAGAACGGCCCCUGACCAUGACUAACAGACUGUUCCACUAUGUGUCCACCACAGACGACCCUAUCAUCAGGGAGCUGGCUAAGGAGGGUCACGUGUUUGCUACUGACUCUAUCCUCGCUACUAUCAUGACCUGCCCCAGGUCUUACUACAGUUGGGAUAUCAUCAUCCAGCGUGUUGGCAGCAGAUUGUUCUUUGACAAGCGGGAUGACUCCGACUUUGACCUUCUCACGGUUAACGAGACUGCUAACGAGCUGCCCGGUGGAGACGGUGGAAGUAAUUCUCUGACCAAGCUCUCUCUGGAAGCCACCUACAUCAACCAGAACUUCUCCCAGCAGUGCCUGAAGAGGGAAGCUAAGACCUACAAACGUCCCAACCCAUUUGCUAACGAGGAGGAUGAUAAUGAACCAAGUUCCGUUGCUUACAGGUACCGUAAGAUCCCCCUGUUGGGACCAGGAGCGGAACCCCUGACCCUGAUCUGCCGUUGUGAGGUAGAUGCUGUUACCACCAGUGCUAACGGCGAGGAGAAAUACAUGAACAUCAAGGCGCUAAACGAAUGGGAUCUCAAGGGAGGAGCAAGUGAAUGGAGACAGAAGUUGGACACCCAGAGGGGAGACAUCUUGACCACAGAGAUGAAGAACAACAAAUGCAAGUUAGCUAAAUGGACGGUAUCUUCUAUUUUGGCGGGAUCUGAUCUGCUAAAGUUUGGUUAUGUAACCCGGUCAAUGCCGCGCAGUUCCGGGGAAUCCAUUGGUCAUUCCAUUCUAGGAACCCAGGAGUUCAUCCCAAAGCAGUUUGCCGCUCAAAUCUCACUGGAUAUGAACAACGCGUGGGGUAUUUUGAGAGUUAUUGUGGAUCGUUGUAUGCAGCUUAAAGAUGGAAAGUAUGUUUUGUACAAAGAGCCAGGCAAGGGAAUUUUGAGGAUUUACAAAGUUCCUCUCAAUACUUUCGAAGAGGACAAUGACGACAGCGAUGAAGAGGAAGAAGGGAAAUAAUUUGCCUUUUAUUAAUUUAAGUGGGGGUUGACGGAUAUUUUA